AUGACAGGUCCUACUACUACCUCUCCGAUCCAGUUGCCCAUCAUCGACAUCUCGAAUCCGGACGAUCCGGUCGUGGGCAAGGCGAUGCUCGAUGCGGCCAUCAAAUAUGGCUUUUUCUAUGUCGAUGGCCGGGGGAGCGAUUUCUCUGCGGAGGAGGUGGAGCGGAUUUUUGAGCUGAUUCCUACAAAAAUAAUCCAGUCCAAGAAAUUCUUCGCUUCUCCCCGCGAAGAAAAAGCCUCAUGCACCAUCAGAACUGAUAACCGUGGCUGGUCAGGCAUGCACACAGAGACAUUGGAUCCGGAGCAUCAACGGGGCAAUGAACUUUGGCGAAUUCAAGAAUGGCAAAGCGCAACAGCCUCUCCCUCCCUCACUGAUCCCCCACGAAGCAGAACUGGACCAUUUCGCGACAUCGUGCAACAGGACCUGCGCAAGGGUGAUGAAGCUGCUUGCUUUGGGAUUGGAGAUCCCACCCGAUUUCUUCGUCACCCGCCACGACCCCUCCACCGGCCCUACGGGCUCUAUCCUCCGUCUACUCGGCCCGGGCAGCCGGGGUUGGAGAUCCUCACGCCGGAGGGGACAUGGGCUUCUGUGCCUGUUUGGCCGGAUAGCCAUCACAGUAAUAAGCAGACGCAAGAAGAAGGAGGGGCGACAUUCCCCCCAAUCGUAGUCAAUAUAGGCGAUCUACUCAGUUUCUGGACGAAUGGCCUUCUCAAGUCGACUGUCCACCGCGUCGUCUUCCCUCUGAGUCAGGGUGAAGGUGAUGACUCCGCCGCAGCUACGCAGGAAGACCGCUACAGCGUCGUCUACUUCUGCCAUCCUGUUGGCAGUACGGCGCUGGUGCCGCUUCCCAGUCCGUUGGUUGAGCGGGCUGCUCGCGAGAGACAGCAGGAGGAGGCUGCAGAGGCAGCGAAAGUCGGGUUCGGUGGUGGAGCAGGGUCGCUAGGUGAGAAGCGCACGUUGACGGCGAAGGAGUAUCUGGAUCAGCGGUUACAAGCUACGUAUGGGCAUAGAGAGAAGGCUUGA